UGCCGCGCCGCCAACCUUACCGCCGCGCCGCCCGCGCCCUUGCACCUACUCGCUCGAUAUUCCGGAACGCACAAAUACCCACGGCCUUUUCAUCAUCACAUCACCGAAAACUGUCUGGUCGGACGUUUAAACACCGAAUAAUAUGAUGAAUCAUUAAGGGCAAUGGAGAAAGCGGCUGGAGACACACCUUGGUUGAGAUGUAUACUACGAUGGGGAUUCAUAGAUUCAGAAGAAGAGAGACUGUAUGCAUCUUACACUCAAAGGCAAAAAGAGCGAGCCGUACCACGGAUGCUGGCGAUCGGUAUAUUGCUUCAAUUGUUCGCAGUACUCGUUCCAGGAGAACGAGAUCUAUCAUUCGCCUACGGUUCUGUGAUCAUUGGCAUUGCAUGCAACACACUCCUGGCUGGAUUGUACGCUUUAUACCGUCCCGUGCGAACACUCCUCGCCCAUGUCACAGUGGUGGUGCUUUGGGCGCAGCUGCUCGUCGGCGCUUCGCGGCGUAUAGGGGACUCCUACAAUGAGUUGCUCGGCUGGGCCGCAAUAGUGCAAUACUUCACAGCAGCAGCUCUACCAUUUCAUCCUAUGAUACAGAUAUUUUAUAAUCUGGUGUCCUUUAUUGCUUACAUCUUUGUGCAGUACUACAAUGCUUUGACCUGUGAAACCUACGUUACUCUGGACUUCACUUACCAGCAAUUGGCAAAUAGCGUACUGUUGCUGAGUACUGCAAUGAUGGGUGCCACUGCGUUCGUAGCGGGAGAGCGACAGCAACGCUUCUCUUUUCAGGAAACUAAAAGAAGUUUACGUGAUAAACUUACUAUAGAACAACAGAGCAAAGAACAGGAGCGGUUACUACUCUCAGUUUUACCGGAACAUGUUGCAGUUCAAAUGCGUCAAGAAUUAGGCCUAAUCGACACGCAGUUUAAAAAAAUCUAUAUGUCUCGUCAUGAAAACGUAAGCAUCCUGUAUGCAGAUAUCGUCGGCUUCACGGCUAUUUCAUCUACAUAUUCAGCUCAGGACCUUGUGGCAAUUCUAAACGAAUUAUUCGCUCGCUUUGACAGACUUUCGGAGAAAUAUCAACAACUGCGGAUAAAAAUCCUCGGCGAUUGUUACUACUGCAUCAGUGGCGCGCCUGUAGAGCGGCCGGAUCAUGCCGUCCUUUGUGUACAUAUGGGUUUAUCCAUGGUUAAAGCAAUAAAAUACGUGCAGCAGACAACAAAUUCGCCGGUGGAUAUGCGCGUGGGCAUCCACACAGGUGCUGUGCUGGCCGGCGUGCUGGGCCAGAGGCAGUGGCAAUUCGAUGUUUACUCCAGAGACGUCGAGCUAGCCAAUAAGAUGGAGAGUAGCGGUAUGGCCGGCCGCGUUCACAUAUCGGAAGUGACACUGAGUUUCCUGAACGACGAGUUCGAGGUGGAACCAGCCCACGGUGAGCGAAGAGAGGAGAUGUUACGACAAGCUGGCAUCAAGACUUACUUUAUCGUCCGGGUGCUUAAACCAUACCAGGGAGGAGAAGAGAAAAGCGCGCAGGAGGGCGAGGCGGAGGGAGGCGACGCGGCGGACACCCUCUCUGACCUCAAAGACGACGACGAUGAUUCGGUUAUGUCUCCUCAAGAUGAACACAAGGUUAAUGAAGAGUCGAAAAUACACCACAUGUUGGAAGAGGAACUCGUCAAUAGAGACGACGACAAGGAGCUGGCGGAUGCUACUACGAUGUGUUUGACCUUCAAGUCUCCAGAAGUAGAGCAUGCGUAUGCAAGGCGCGACGACCAGACUCUACUGACGGUGUCUGCACCACCCUUUCUGCUCCUGCCCGCAGUGGUAUCUCUAACCUGCUUCGCGGUACCACUAGAGUGGUCGCUCCACGCCGUCUUCCUAACCCUCAUCCUCGAGACCGGCCUAAUCAAUGUUAUCUACUACGCGUGUUUCAAAUACGCCCAAUAUAAGAAGAAGCCAGUCAAUCCUUAUUGGAAGUUGACAUGUGGUGUAUUUAGCAUCGUUAUGUUUGUCGCAGCCAACAUCGCGCAUUUGAUUAUCUGCGGUAAUUUCGAGACGUUGUUGCAUGAUGACGGAUUGCGGGAGGACGCGUCGGCACACGGAGCCGCGCUCCGCUGCCGCCAUCCUUCCUACUAUUAUCACGUGGGUGCGAGCGCUUUGUGCGCUGCGUUAUCGUUGUCACCGCUGAGCGGAUGCGCACGUGCUCUGCUUCUGCUGGCAAUAGCCGGUGCGCAUGCGGUCCCCGCCGCGCUGUACCCUGCGUUGCUCACGCCCCGCCCUAGCCUCGAUCGCGACCCCUACCGGCACCCCUUUAACGCUACUACUGACUAUGACGAGGAGAUCUUCUAUAUACUAGGGGAGAUUCACAGCGCGCGGAAUAUCAUAAUGUUAUUUUUCAUAGUGAUCGCGCUUCUCAUCUUUAACAGAUAUACCGAGGCAUUGGAUCGCGCGCGUCAUUCGCGCGGGGAACGUAUGCGGGCACAGGCAGAGCAAGCGGCAGAUCUACGCCGGCGUAAUCUAACGCUUAUCCACAACGUAUUGCCACCGCACGUAGCGCGUCACUUCAUGGGUGCACGUCACCACCACCGAGACCUCUACAGUCAGAGCUAUGCAGAAGUCGGCGUGCUCUUUGCCUCUAUGCCUAACUUCACAGAAUUCUACUCGGAAGAAACGGUUAAUAAUCAAGGUUUGGAAUGUCUGCGAUUUCUCAACGAAGUUAUAUCGGAUUUCGAUUUGUUGCUGGAGAACGCCAAGUUUAGCAACGACAUAAUAAAAAUAAAGACAAUCAGUUCCACGUACAUGGCUGCAUCAGGCCUAAAUCCUACCCGACAGAUGCAGCCAUCAGAUGGGAUAACGGUAAGAUGGGCGCAUCUAGCCUGCCUAGUAGAGUUCGCGCUUGAGCUCCAACGGGUGUUGGCUGCCAUCAACGAGCAGUCUUUCAACCAUUUCGUUCUCCGCAUGGGCGUCAACCACGGCCCCAUAACCGCCGGCGUUAUCGGAGCACGAAAACCCCACUACGACAUCUGGGGUAACACCGUUAACGUUGCUUCCCGAAUGGAGAGCACUGGCAAGGCUGGCUGCAUACAGGUGACAGAGGAAACGUGCCAGAUCUUAGAGAAGUUCGGUUAUUACUUCGAGCAACGGGGAUUGGUGACAGUAAAAGGCAAGGGCCAAUUGAUGACCUACUACCUGCAGGGCAAGCGUGAUGUAUGUGAAACCGAUAAGCUCGAGGAGGGUGGGUGCGCUGCGAGCGCGGGCGACGCUCAACCGUUGCUUGCAAACGGGGACGCAAGCGCCGUGAGUCAUGGAGAGGAUCUGGUAGCAGUCCCUCAUGGUCGCUCACCGCGCCACGCUGACUCAGCCACCAUUGAAGCCGGCCAACCUCUCCUCGCCGCACAACCAUAAGUUUCUUGUCACUCAUAAUACUACAUCAACCACGCAUUUCCAUUACGAAAAGUGCACUCUAAUUCCGAUAUUCCUUGUUUCACUAUCAUACUUAAAUCGUAAACAACAAAGGUUCACAAUAAUACGCUUGUAGGAGUACACAAAAACAGGGUAUGCAUUGCAGAUAAUUUGGAAAUUAAGUACAAUUUAUGCUUCUGUACGAAGAAUUUUAAUAUCUACUCACACAAUACACGUAUAUGUUAUAUCUAGUCUUUAUAUGAAAAGAAUCUCAGUUUGUCAUUUUGUUUUUACUAUUCUACGAAGUAACAGUUGGUGGUUGUAGUAAAAUAGUCUUGGUGCGGUACGUAUAUCAAUGCACAUUGUGAAUGGUUGUCCCUAUAGCAGUGAGAUUAGAUAAAAGUGUUUUA